GCCUCAAUUCAAUAGACGAUUCAUAUAAAUAUAAGAAUGUCCCCAUUGAAAUUUUACGCAUUACAAAAUCUCUGUGCUCUUGAUCUGCCUAAACAUAAUCAUGGAAGCUAUUCCAGAAUGCAAGUACCAAAUCGAAAAGAAUCCUGGACCCGAACAUGUUGGUACAAUCGCAGUGAAUACAAAAUUUGUCAGACCAGAUGACCAAGAUUCGAACAUCUCAAUUUCAUUACCUACCAAUGAAUUCACUGAAGUCGAAGAUUCUCCUCACAAAGAAAAACUCUAUUACUUCUUAAAAGAUUUAGGAGUUGAUGCACGAGACGCUCUCCAUUUAAUACAAGAACUCACCCUACUUGCAUGCAAAGUAACUUCAUCGUUUGAUUACCGCCCACAAUAUGCUUUGUUAAUUAGGUUGACGUUGACGUUGACGCUUCAUGCGGCUCCUUCGAGUACUGAAGGACCAGUACUCCUCGAUGAAUCUCAAGUCGAACCAGUCCUUGAUGACCCUCAAGUCGACGAAUCAUUCGUCGAUGACCCUCAACUCGACAAAUCAUUCAUCAAUGACCCUCAAGUCGACGAAUCAUUCAUCGAUGACUACGAUCAAGUCGAAUUCCUAGAUGAUUGUCUAGUCGACGAAUCAGUCAUCGAUGACUCUCAACUCGAAGAGGUGAUUCAAGCCUCCCUCGAAGAAGAUGACGAGAGGAGGAAUAUCGAGUUUAGACACGAAAGAAAAUUAAGAGUCGGGGCCUUGAGCAGGAGGAUAUACAAGAAGAGCAAACGAAAGACCAGCAUAAUUUCUAACCAGUGCACAAGAAAUAAGAGAAAACAAAAGACCUUGUCUAGUGAUAAUGAUGACAUGUGCACGAUUUGUUUAAUGGAGUUUAAAGACGGACGAAAAGUUGCUACUUUACUUUGUGGUCACGAAUUUCACAAUACGUGUAUAAUGAAAUGGAUUAAGUUUGGCGAUAAUUGUCCAUUGUGUCGCGUCGAGAUAGCACGUGAAGAUGAGGAGAUUCAUCAACUACGAAAUACAGUUUUCUAA